CCCAAGAAAACAAACAUUUUGAAGCAAUUAAAUUAUCUUCAAUCUGCAAGUGAUGAUGAUGAUGAUGAGGAGAAGGCAGCUGAUUCUAAUUGUUUUCCCCUCUCUCCUUCUCUCCUUCUUCUUCCUCUACUUCUUCUUCGUCUUAUUCAAUGUCCAAGUAACUCCCAUUACACACGGCGAAACUAUAAGAAAUCUAACACAAACACAAACCCAAACCCGAACCCCUCUUGAGUGUAAACAAUUUAGCCUCUUGAUCGGAAUCUUAACCCUCCCCGACAACUACGAACGCCGCCAUUUCCUCCGCCUCGUCUACGGAAUCCAGUCGUCUUCGAUAGCCGACAUAGACGUCAGGUUUGUGUUCUGCAACCUCACGAAACCCGAGCAAAGAGUCCUCAUCGCCUUGGAAAUCUUGCGUUUCAAUGACAUUAUCGUACUCAACUGCACAGAGAACAUGAACAAUGGCAAGACCUACACAUAUUUCUCUUCCCUCCCAAGCAUCCUUCCAAGGCGUUACAGCUAUGUCAUGAAGGCUGACGAUGAUGUUUUCAUCAGGCUUUCACCAUUGGCAUUGUCGCUUCAGACAUUGCCGAGGUUGGAUUUGUAUUAUGGAUUUGUAAUUCCAUGCACUAGCAUGAAUCCGUACGUGGAUUAUAUGUCGGGGAUGGGGUUUUUGCUGUCUUGGGAUCUUGUUGAGUGGAUUGGAAAGUCUGAUAUUCCUGGAAAUGAGAUGAAUGGGCCUGAGGAUAAAAUGGUUGGGAAAUGGUUGAAGAUGGGGAAUAAGGCAAAAAAUCGAUUUUCCAACAAGCCAGCCAUGUAUGACUACCCGGGAACAAAUGGGAGGUGCUCACAUGAGCUUAUACCAGAAACUGUUGCAGUACAUCGAUUGAAGAGGUGGGAUCAAUGGCUUCAUGUGCUUCAAUUUUUCAAUGUGACCAAAGAAAUAAAAGCUUUCUGACUUUGAUAUACAGAGACUGAUUCAAGGGUGAUGUGCACUAUCAUAUCAGCACGGUGAUAUGAGAGCGGAAUAUGAGAUGAAUAUGUAGAAUUACUCAAUAAGAUUAUAGGGAAUU